AUGGCGUCGGAAUCGGUAACCCUCUUGCAAAACGCUCCUGGUCUUCCGGACGUGCCAACUAUCAAGGAUGACGACACCUUCGCCGAGAUCUCGAAGAAGCUAGCACUCUACAUCAUUGAGGCUGUCGACUCACCUUUGAGCUGGGAAGACCUUCGUAGCAGCAAGCACCUCCAGCCACUUCAACCGCUUAUUGACUACCUGGCCACGGAAUGUCAUCACAAUGCCAUCGUCGCCGCUCUGGUCGCCCUGAAGGGCCACUUCAAGGCCAUCGAGUCUGAUGAUGACUGCGGCAUCAACGAAUCGCGUGGUUUUGCCAGCGAACUGGUGGCUUGGCAAUUUGUUCUGACGCUGUCCAAGCAAGAUGCUCUGGAAUACUUGCUGUUUGAACUGCGCGAUGACGACGAAGAUGAUGAUUCCGAUGAUGAAGAAACUGGCCUCUUGUCUCACAGGAGUCGCCCUGCACACACCAACGGCCGAGUCGCUCACCUCAUCAACGGGCAUCGGAACAGCAAUGGCAACGAUGUGAAUGGAGACGACAACAAGGCCAAUAAUGGCGAAGGCUUCUCUGAGCCGUUCAUGAAUCUCAAUACUCUUGAGAUCGCAGCCGUUUCCGGAGCCAAGAAGUUCCUCAGUCAGCGAGCUAUCCAAGACAUCGUGGAUGGUAUCUGGUACGGAAAGAUUGUCUUCUGGAACAGGCUCAGGGUGAACGCUGUAAAGAAGCCGCGCUUCCACAGCAAGAACUCUGGGGACUACUGGUGCCGACUACGAGUACCUCGGUACAUGAAGAUAUUCGAAAUCUUCUUUUUCCUCUCUUUCCUGGGGCUGUUUUAUAUCGUGUCCCUGGAACGAGUCAAGGAGUAUGUCACUGGAUGGGAGGUCUUAUUUUACGUCUUCGUUCUGGGUUUUGUCUUUGACGAACUGGACGAUUUCGUUGAGUCUGGCAUUUACUUCUACGCCACAGAUAUCUGGUCAAUGUGGGAUAUUGGCAUCGCACUAAUCGGCAUCGCUUUCUUUGUGCUACGUAUGAUCGGCUUGAGCACUGGUAGCGACACGACCAUGGAAUGGGCGUUCAACAUCUUGGCGCUCCACUCGCUGCUUCUGACUCCGCGGAUUUUCUCACUGGUCAGCCUGAGUCCUUACUAUGGUAGUCUCUUGCCAUGCUUGAAAGAGAUGGGCAAGCAGUUCAUCCGCUUCUUGGGAUUUACGUUGAUCAUCUAUCUUGGAUUCUUCACCACCUUCAUCAUGCUAGCUCGGGGGCAUUAUCCGCUGGACGCGCUCUCCAUUACCGUGCUAAAGGCUUUCUUCGGCGCGGGUGUUAUUGGCUUUGACAUAGCUAGACAAGUCUCGCCAUACCUUGGACUACCGGUGAUGAUCGUCUUUGUGUGUUUGACCAACCAGCUUCUCAUCACCUCCAUGAUGGCACACAUUAGCAAUAGUCUGCGUCAAGUACUCGACUCAUCUCGCGAAGAAUACCUUUAUGUGUAUUCAGUCUAUGUCCUGGAAGCAGUCACUUCAGACAAGCUGACUUAUUUCCAGGCUCCGUUCAAUUUAAUCCCAGUGGUCUUGUUCCGACCCCUUCUCUUUGUUGUCUCGGAGACGACAGCGCAUAAGAUACGCAUAAUCCUGCUCAAAGCAACCCACGUCCCCUUCAUCGGUGCUAUCUGGGUAUUUGAGCGCUGGGAAGCCCUAGCCAUGCAGCGUGAGGAGGCUGAACGGGCGGCAAUGAGUUUCGGCUUCGAUGCUCUCGAUUCCGCAACAGGCACAAAUCAAAUUCGGCCGAUCAAGGGAAAAACCAAUACCGCGUCAUCAAGCAAGAAACACAGCCUCACUAAGACUGGAAAACUGAAGGUGCCCGCAGCUCUGCUAUCUCAAGCGUCUAAGAGGCCAACAAAGAAGACUGGGGCUUCCCAAGACACCAAUGGAAGGGUCAAGACGACAUCCACUACUGUUGCUGCGCCGCCAGCGUCUGCUUCGCCAGUGGCCGCAACGCCAGCAUCAGCAAAGGGUCCUGCUGCUGAGACAGCGACAGGACCAGCCACACAGGCAUUAAAUACGGCUGACUUGGGCGAAAUGAUGCGCAUGUUGAAGGAAUUGAGCACCCAGGUUGAGGAAGUGAGAGCCGCGUUGGUGAAGCACGACCAGGGCCCAUCCGAUUAA